AUGACCUUACCAAAAGAUCAAAUACCCAUAGCUUCUACAGCUCAAGCUGUGCAUCAUCAUGGACAACAUUUACCUAGUAGGGGUGAAGAAAAUUCAACAAAUCAUCAUCACCACAGUCGUUUAUUGUAUUUUUUAACGGACCCUUCGAUGCUGUCAUUAUCAAGGCUUCCUUUUCAAUACAUGAAUCACCCAUCGCAGCCUUUCUUAUUCCCUACAACGACCUUACUUAAUACCAAUACAACACCGAAGCCGAAGACUAAAUCCAAAACAAAUGCCUUGACUACAAUUUUACCUGUUCCAACCCCCCAACAGUCAAUUGCUGUUGCUGCAGUGGAUGAUUGCUGUAACCAAUGCUGUCCUGUCAUAUCUGCCGAGAGCAAAUUACCAGCUAUAUCAAAUACACCCACUGAACGCAAACGAAGUCUGACGGAUGAAGAAAAGGACCUUCCCUCACCAAAGAGAGUGAUUACUGAGGAAAGCGAAGGAAAAACCAGAUGUAAAUGGUCUAGUUGUGUUGCUAGUUUCAAUACGAUCGAAGAUUUGACACCACACCUCUACAAAAACCAUUUGAACAAUAGCAGAAAGCCACAGAGCAAUGCGUGCUUUUGGGAAUCAUGCUCUGAAGGAGCAUUGCUAGAUGGAUCGUCCCAAGACCUGCUUAAUCAUUUAACGAGUCAACAUUUGAAAAAUGCUUUACUGCAUGCCUGUCGAUGGAUAAAUUGCAGCGAAAGAUUUGAAGCGUUUGAUACAUUGACUAUUCAUUUAUCAGAACAGCAUGUAGGAUCUGGUAAGAGUGAAUAUAGUUGUCACUGGAUUGCUUGUGAGAGAGACGGAAAGACCUUUACUCAGAGACAAAAGAUCAUGCGACAUAUUCAAACUCAUACGGGAGCUAAACCAUUCCAGUGUCAAACAUGCCAAAAACGAUUCUCUGAAUCCAAUAUUAUGACCCAGCACAUGAGGACGCAUACAGGGGAAAAGCCCUUCAAAUGUGAUCAAUGUGAUCGUCAAUUCUCGGUAUCCGCAUCACUCACAAUCCAUAAAAGAGUUCAUUCGGGCGAGAAACCAUUUAGUUGUAAAUAUCAAGGCUGUAAUAAGCGCUUCUCGGAAAGUAGUAACUUAACAAAACAUAUGCGAGUUCAUACAGGAGAAAGACCAUUUAAAUGUACAGUGAAACCAUGUGGUAAAGCCUUUUCAAGACCUGAUCAAGUGACACGCCAUUUAAAAACACACAAGGAUAUUUGUUAA